AUGCUCACACCGCUCGGGUCACUCGAGGAAGAAGACGAAGAAUGCACACCUAACGUGUACGUAGGGAACCUACACUACGACGUUGUCAGCGAGGACCUCACCGAGCUCUUUGAGCAAGCCGGUGUUGUUGAGUUCUCAGAGGGUAUUUACAGCCGAGGAACAGGCCAGAGCCGAGGAUAUGGAUUUGUCACCAUGAGUACUGUUAAGGAGGCUGAGCUGGCUGUGGAGAUGUUCGAUGGCUUUAAAUUGUUUGGGAUGCCUCUUAUUGUGCACAAAGCAGCUCGGAGAGGCGCCCGGGUGGAAACUCCUUCCCAUCAAACCGAGUCCCCAUUCAGAAUCUACGUGGGCAAUCUGUCUUUGCAAGUCGAUGACUCUUGGUUGAAGGAGCUGUUUGGCAAGCACGGCAAAGUGGUCGAUGCUAGAGUCGUCUACAGGCACAGAGGAGGAACCUGGAGCUCUCAGGGAUUCGGUUUUGUCACGAUGGCAACAGAGAAGGAAACGUAUGAUGCUGUUUAUGCCCUCAACAAACAGAUUCUGGCUGGACGUGCCCUGCAGAUUCACUUUGAACCCCUGUAA